AAAAAAAAAAAAGUUUUUGUCUUACCAAUAAGACAUGUUUGGAUGACAUUUUUCCUCCAAAGGACAAAAAUGAUAAAAUUUAUAGUUCAUUGAGUGGUUAUCCACGCCCCAAAAAUUCACCAAAUAGUAGAUAUCACACAAGGCACAAAUCCCAAUAUAAAAACACACAGACAGUGUGUAUGUGUGUGAGAGAGAAUACUCUAAAUAGUUAGUUAGAGCAAACUUCUCUCUCAGUAGAUAUUGUAUGCUCCGAAACCAAUGGCUAAUACUACUCCAAAUAUUACAAACUCCGUUGGUAUCGGAAUCCCAAUCCGGGCCAAAACCCGACCCGUAUCCACUUCAAUGGCGGUUACUCCGUCAACUUUGUCGAACGCCGUUUGCAUUCCGACGACCGGUUUGCUUGUUAUCAACUCCGGUUCGAAUCGACGGCGAGGAGCCGGUCGAGCUGACUCGGUUAAAAGUUACUUGAAUCGUAGCCGUUCGUUUUCGAUUCGAGCUGCGGCGGAGGCGGAGUCAGUAGAAACUAGUUCUUCAGCUCAGGAUAUCGAGAACUUGGUAAUAAUAGGAUCAGGUCCUGCUGGAUAUACAGCAGCAAUUUAUGCAGCUCGAGCAAACUUGAAGCCUGUAGUGUUUGAGGGGUAUCAAGCAGGUGGUGUACCAGGAGGACAGUUGAUGACAACAACUGAAGUAGAAAACUUUCCUGGAUUUCCAGACGGGAUAACCGGACCCGACUUAAUGGAUAGGAUGAAGCGACAAGCUGAGAGAUGGGGAGCUGAAUUGUAUCAAGAAGAUGUGGAAUUUAUUGAUGUGAAGAACACUCCUUUUACUGUCCAAAGUAGUGAACGUAAGGUAAAGUGCCAUAGCGUUAUUGUGGCUACAGGAGCCAAUGCUAAAAGGUUGGGUUUACCCACUGAAGAAGAAUUUUGGAGCAAAGGAAUUAGUGCCUGUGCAAUUUGUGAUGGAGCAUCACCACUUUUCAAGGGUCAGGUUCUUGCUGUUGUUGGAGGCGGUGAUACAGCUACAGAGGAAGCAAUAUACUUGACAAAAUAUGCACGCCAUGUCCAUUUACUUGUCCGCAAGGACCAACUAAGAGCAUCAAGAGCAAUGCAAGACAGAGUUUUCAACAAUCCAAACAUCACUGUGCAUUUCAACACUGAGACCGUGGAUGUCGUCGGCAACUCAAAAGGCCAGAUGUCAGGAAUUUUGAUCAGAAAGGCUGAUACUCAGGAAGAAUCUGUGCUUGAGGCAAAAGGCUUGUUUUAUGGCAUAGGUCAUUCACCAAAUAGUCAACUGUUGGAAGGCCAAGUCGAUCUUGAUAGCUCAGGCUACAUAUUGGUCAAGGAGGGCACAGCAAGUACAUCUGUGGAAGGUGUAUUUGCAGCUGGAGAUGUGCAGGAUCAUGAAUGGAGGCAAGCCGUCACUGCGGCUGGCUCGGGAUGUGUAGCUGCUCUAUCAGUGGAGAGAUAUCUGACGAGCAAAAAUCUUCUUGUUGAAUUCCACCAGCCCGCUACUGAAGAAGUUAAGAAGGAACUCACGGACAAAGAUGUCCAAGAAGGUUUUGAUAUAACACUCACAAAGCACAAGGGCCAGUAUGCUUUACGGAAAUUGUACCAUGAGAGUCCAAGGCUUAUGUGUGUGUUGUAUACAUCACCAACAUGUGGUCCAUGUAGGACCUUGAAACCGAUUCUUAGCAAGGUCAUAGAUGAAUUUGACAAGCAUGUCCACCUUGUUGAAAUUGAUAUUACUGAAGAUCCAGAGAUUGCUGAGGCAGCUGGUAUUAUGGGUACUCCAUGCGUACAGUUUUUCAAGAAUAAGGAAAUGCUAAGGACGGUAUCUGGUGUCAAGAUGAAGAGAGAGUAUAGAGAGUUUAUUGAAGCAAAUAAGUGAGAAAGCUUUUCUAUUAUUCUUUGUACAACUUCCAAAUUUUUUCCCUUCUUAUUUUUUCUAAUGUAUCCGAUAUCAAUUUUGUUCAGAAAGGAUAAUUGAAUAUCCAGCCAAAUACCUUGUAUUAGCUCAGUAAUACAUAGAAUUCAUACAUCAAAAUGUUCUUUGUGGCAAGUAGCCCUUAAUUUUAAUCCAUUGGAUUGGAGCAA